GCCUCGGGAUCCGUAACUAAGGACAUUCGAGGCACGGAGAUGAUCGUCGCGGAGUUGAAACCCUGGAGCUCCAGAGCUUGAUGAUCCAUGGCACUGGCACUGAGACGAGCGGCGUCUCUGAGGGGAUGGGCACGGAGGGGAAGGCAUCCCAUUCCUGCUGCCCCUUUCUGCACGGACGGCGAUGGGUUCCAGAGCUCUCGCUUCAAGAUUUUCGACCGUGAUUUCAAGAGGAAGCAGAGAGAUCGGGCUGCGUGGCUGAUGAAUUCCAGUGAUGAAUUCUUGGACUCUGUCGCCGAUAACCUCUUGGACCGUCUCCAGGAUUGCAGGAAAACAUUUCCCACAGCUCUUUGUUUAGGGGGCGCCUCUGAAGCUGUUAGACGCCUAUUACACGGUCGUGGUGGAAUUGAAAAGUUAACCAUGAUGGAUAUGUCAUUUGACAUGGUUAAUAUGUUGAAGGCUUCAGAUAGAAAGGAUUCUGAUAACACCCUUGAGACUUUCUAUGUGGUUGGUGAUGAAGAGUUUCUUCCAGUCAAGGAAAACUCUUUGGACCUGGUGAUAAGUUGUUUAGACCUCCAUUGGACAAAUGAUCUUCCUGGAGCCAUGAUACAAUGCAGGUUGGCAUUGAAGCCUGAUGGUCUCUUCCUUGCGGCAAUUCUUGGUGGAGAAACUCUAAAAGAGCUACGUAUGGCAUGCACUAUUGCACAAAUGGAACGUGAAGGAGGCAUCAGUCCACGAAUGUCUCCUCUAGCACAGGUGCGAGAUGCUGGCAAUCUUCUGACAAGAGCAGGUUUCACUCUUCCUGGUGUGGAUGUUGACCAGUACACUGUCAGAUAUAACAGUGCUUUGGAACUUAUUGAACAUCUCCGCAAAAUGGGCGAGACAAAUGCUCUUCUCCAAAGAAAUAAUAUCCUGAAGAGAGAAACAGCUUUGGCUACGGCAGCAGUGUACGAGUCCAUGUUUGCAGCUGAGGAUGGAACUAUUCCGGCAACCUUCCAGGUAAUUUACAUGACUGGAUGGAAAGAACAUCCUUCACAGCAAAAGGCCAAAGCAAGAGGCUCUGCCACCAUCUCAUUCAAGGACAUCCAGAAACAAUUUGGAAACCCAAACAAUUGAUUUUUCUGUUUGCUUUAUUUAUACAUAUACUCACAAACUCAUCUAUUUUGUCACAUAAUUUAUGAUGAAAAUUUGAUUUUUUUGCUUUUUAGUCAAAUUUCUGGAACGUCCAUUUUCCAUGUUGAUUGAUAUUAAUUGUAUACAUUCUAUAAUUUUGGAUUUGAAAGGUUUCAAACUUUGGUUGAGGA